AUGGCGUCGAGAAAGAAACAACCGUCCUCCAAGAAGGAUGGCAUCCAUUUCGUCAAUGCUAGACCUACCUCCGAGACUGAACGAUUGAAAGCCCAGCGUCUGGUGCGUGCUCAUGUCGGACGCUGGAUUUCAGAUCAAACAAAGGACCGAUCCGCUGGCCACUCUAACCCACGCGCCCGACCCGUCCGCAGCGCCGUGCCCCCCUUACCCACCAUUGAUCACGCCGGUCUCGGCCCCUCUUUUACCAUCGUUUCGCGCCCCUCAAGCUCCCAUCGUGAGGGAAACCACGGUCAAAGCUUCACCUUUACGCACGUCUCCCGCCCCAACCAGACUGACUACCGAGACUCGCCGUUUCCACCGUCGCAGGCCAGCGAUAGCAGCGAUAGCAGUAGCAGCGACGAUGCGAGUACUGUGACAACAUUCUCCUCGAAGGCCCUUGCGGUCAUCCGGUUCAAUGAUCGUUCUUCCCCGGAACGGCUGGAACGCAACCUCUCUGGGGUCUUCGACCCGUUCGCCACAUACCCCGCCCCGAGGAACUUCGAGCCAGAUAUGAUCAAUCUAUCCGAGCGCUAUCUCACUGGUGUUGUGUGGCCGGGACUCGCUCCGCGGCCACAGAGUACUAGAGCCGCGGCUAGCAAAUGGUUCGAUCUAUCCAUGGCGGACCCGGCUUUGUUUACAGCGUUCAUGUUUGGUUCGCUGUGUCACCUUCGUGUCCAAUGGCAGAAUAAUUGGGUGCCGGGGACAGUAUUUGGUCAAAGAGAACGUCGCGCGCUGCAGCUGUGUGAAAUGGAAUCGAUCAAACUGAUCAACCAGGCUGUUCGCGAUCCCGAUCGCGUGGUCAGCGAUGCUGUUCUCCUCAGUGUCAUUUGCAUGGCUCAUCAUCAGGCAGAGGAGAAAUCGGCACAACAGCACCGCAGAACACCGUUUAAUCCGCCGUUCCCGCGACUACAAUGGAUAGAUGUCUACGGGUGUCUGCCACCGAACAUGAUCCAUGUCAAAGGAUUGUUGCAAUUGAUCAAAAUGCGAGGCGGCUUGGCAAAUAUCCACACAGAGGGCCUAGCCGCGACGAUUUCCUUCUCGGAUAUCAUGAGCUGCAGUAUCCUCUCCGUCCACCCAUGUUUUGAUUUCUGGCCCCUCGCCGAUUGCCGAAGGGGCUUGUCCGUCCAAGAGCUGCUCGGCUUCGGCCCAUCAGAUGUUGCCCAGGGAUUCGGCCAUUUGCAGGAAAUUGGCGUCACCCGUCAAAUGGCAGAAGCUUUCCAAGCGGUGCACACUUACAUCGGCAUCAUCAAAGCGAGCCCGACUUCCACACACGAUGUCUCUUUGCUUGUCGACCAGCGCAACCUAACCCAACAUACUCUCCUCUGUCUCUCUCCGGCCUCAGAGCUGCUCUUCGCCCAUCCCACGCACGCAGCCACCUACGAAGCCUGCCGCCUAGCGGCAUUGGUCUUCGGGGUGGGUGUUCUCUUCCCAAUCCCUGCACAAAACACCCCCCUCAAUCGUCUAGCGCGCCUUAUCCAAUCGGUCCUCCUUCAACCCUCCUCCGCAGACCUGUGGACUUCCCCAGCCGCGCGGCUCCCUCUUAUCUGGGUCUUGGCCCUCGGCGGUAUCGCAGCGAACGAUACCCGCGAGCGCACCUGGUUCGCCACUGCUCUGGGAGAUAUAACCCGCGGGACUGGAUUGAUGUCAUGGGAAAGCAUCAAAUCCGUUCUCGCAUCCAUGUUAUGGUACGACGUUGCCUGCGAUUCUGCCGCGGAGGCCCUCUGGCAAGAGAACGCUAGCAGGUAUACCUAUGCCAUCCAGUGA